AUGAGCACUGAAUCUACCCCGAAACCGACUUCAAAGACCGAUGCGUAUGCCGACCAGGGUCAUGCUGAAAAAGGCUACGGCUUGGAAAAUCCAAGCAACCAUGGACUUCCUCAACGCGUCCUUACUAACAACUCUGGUUUCUCCAUAAAGAACGGACUUGGGGGUGAGGUCCAGAUCGAAGCAAAUGCCAUCAACUAUCGCACAUGUAGUUGGCAAAAGACGGCAGCGCUCUUGUUCUCAGAGUACAUCUGCAUCGCAAUAAUGUCAUUUCCCUGGUCCUACUCCGUUCUAGGUCUUGUCCCUGGUCUAAUUCUGACUGCUACAAUUGCAAUGAUUGUGUUGUAUACUUCUUUGACUAUAUGGAAAUUUUGCUUGCGCCAUCCGGAGCUUCGAGAUAUAUGUGAUCUUGGCCAGUGUUUAUUUUGGGAUUCGAAGAUUGCUUGGUAUAUUACGGCAUUUAUGUUUCUCUUGAACAAUACUUUUAUUCAGGGACUGCAUUGCUUAGUUGGGGCGGAGUACCUCAAUACGAUGUCAAACCAUGCAAUCUGCACUAUAGCAUUUUCAUUCAUUACCGCGAUUGCAUGCUUCCUGGGCUCUCUUCCUCGCACAUUUCGUGCGCUGUCGAAGCUGGGAGCCUUCUCGGCUCUGUUCACAUUAAUUUCAAUCAUACUGGUCGUUAUAUUUUCCGCAAUUGAGAAGCAUCCAUACAACUGGGAUGAGACCUCCCCAGACCCUGUUGUGCUGACUAUUCCUGCCCCGGGUACAAGUUUUACCACAGGCCUCAAUGCGUUCCUGAAUAUCAGCUUCACCUUCAUUGGCCAGAUCACUCUUCCAAGUCUUAUAGCAGAAAUGGAAGAGCCUCGGGAUUUCUGGAAAUCUGUCACGGCAGUCACGGUAGCGGAGAUUAUACUGUUCAGUUUAGUGGGGGGUCUUGUUUAUGCCUUUAUUGGUGGGCAGUAUAUUGACUCGAUGGCUUUCCAAUCACUAGGAAAUGAACUUUACAUGAAAAUCUCAUUUUCAUUCAUGGUUCCCACGCUUAUAUUUUUAGGUGUCUUGUAUGCAUCCGUCUCUGCCAGGUUCAUAUUCUUUCGCCUAUUUGAAGGUACACGUCAUGUUACUAACCAUACAGUGGUGGGUUGGGGAUCGUGGGCGGCAAUUUUAUUAAUUCUCUGGAUUCUCGCAUGGGUUAUUGCAGAAGUCAUCCCGUUCUUCUCCAAUCUAUUAUCGAUCAUGGGUUCUGUAUUUGGCUCCUUCUUCGGUUUUAUUUUCUGGGGUGUUGCCAAUCUGCGGAUGCGUCACGCCGACUCAGGCUCUAUGAUACCCAGGAAGCAGGAUUUUCUCGGAUGGAUUGAGGUUAUUUUCAACAUUGGCUUAAUACUUGCUGGAAUUUUCUUUUUAGGCCCUGGUACAUAUGCUUCAGUUCAAGCUGUGAUUGACAGCUAUCGGGAAGGUGAUGUGGGCAGCGCGUUUGUUUGUGCUAGCAAUGGGUUAAGAUAA